AAGUAAAUUCUUGGAGUGGAGAGAUGUAUUUCACCCAGAAGAAGCAAGUGCUUAUUUAAACCCCUUUCCAGUACUCUGAAAAACUAGCAAGAGCUGAUCAUCACCAUGGUUUCGUUUCAUAUCUCCAUGACCCUUUCAUUUUGCAUCUUCCUUUCCUUGCUCUGUCUGAACAGUGAAGCAGCAGUUGUUUUCUUGGAUUUCCACUGCGGUUCAAAUACAACUACUUACACUCGGAAUAGCACUUAUCAGAGAAACCUCAAUUUCCUUCUCUCGUCUCUUCAAUCCAACACCACCCGUGAAAGUGGAUUCUAUAACCUCACCGUUGGCCGAGACCCUCCGGAUAUUGUUUAUGGCCUCUUUCUCUGCCGCGGCGAUGUCACCCAAGAUAUCUGUCAAGAAUGUGUUAGCACAGCUUCCGGUGAGAUACUUCGACGUUGCCCCAACCAGAAAACGGCUUUGCUUUACUACGACGAGUGCACCUUACGUUACUCCAACAGGUCCUUUUUCUCCGAAUUGGAAACAGAACCUAGUUUGCAACUGUUGAAUACAGGGAAUGUUUCACAACCAGACCGAUUCAUGGAGUUGCUUGCAAACACGACGAAAGAGAUAGCCGCACGAGCAGCUGCUGAUCAGUCAGGAAAAAAGUUUGCUACUGAAGAAGCCAAUUUCACCAAUUUUCAAACGCUUUACACACUCGCUCAGUGCACCCCGGAUUUAUCUGUGUCCAGUUGUGAUACCUGCCUUACAACAGCAAUUUCUUUUCUUCCGAGUUGUUGCCUUGGAAAACAAGGGGGCAGAGUCGUAUUUCCGAGCUGUAACGUCAGAUAUGAAUUGUACCCUUUUUACCGGAUCACAGCGCAACCGCCAUCACCGACACCAGUUCGUCCUUCCCCUCCGGCGCCACAAUCUAAAAGUAAAGGAGAGAAAAACAAAGUUUCAUCAACAAUUAUAAUUGCCAUUGUUGUCCCGGUUGUUGCCUCUGUGGUGCUCUUGGCAGCGGGCUUCUGUCUUCUUACUAGGAAACGAAAGAAGUACGAUGCCGUGGAACAAGAAAACGCUGCAAAUGAAAUUUCGACUGUGGAGUCCUUGCAAUUUGAUUUUGCCACCAUUGAAGCUGCCACAGACAAAUUCUCUGCUGUUAACAAGUUGGGUGAAGGUGGAUUCGGUCCGGUUUACAAGGGCAAACUCCCCAGUGGACAAGAAAUAGCUGUUAAAAGGCUAUCAGGAAGAUCCAGCCAAGGUGCGGAAGAAUAUAAGAAUGAGGUUGUAUUGGUAGCCAAGCUCCAACAUCGAAACCUUGUGAGACUUUUGGGAUUUUGCUUGGAGGGAGAAGAAAAAUUACUCAUUUACGAAUUUGUUCGCAACAAGAGCCUUGACUAUUUUCUAUUCGGACUUGAAAAGCAAGGACAAUUAAAUUGGUUCAAGCGAUACAAGAUAAUAGGAGGAAUAGCUCGAGGAAUUCUCUAUCUUCAUGAGGAUUCUCGACUUAAAAUUAUACAUCGUGAUCUCAAAACUAGUAAUAUAUUGCUAGACGAGGAUAUGAAUCCAAAAAUUUCAGAUUUUGGUUUGGCAAGAAUUUUUGGAGUUGAUCAAUCUGAAGGCAACACAAGUAGAGUUGUUGGAACAUAUGGUUAUAUGCCUCCAGAAUAUGCAAUGCAUGGACAAUUUUCUGUUAAAUCUGAUGUAUAUAGUUUUGGAGUCAUAAUUUUGGAGAUUAUUACUGGAAAGAAAAGCAACAAUUUCCAAUCAACAGAUGGAGCUGAUGACCUCUUAAGCUAUGUUUGGAAGCACUGGAACAACGGAACACCCUUGGAACUAUUGGAUUCAAGUCUGAGAAGUUCUUAUUCUAGCAAUGAAGUCAUUAGAUGCAUCCACAUCGGCCUGUUAUGCGUUCAGGAAGAUCCAGCCGAACGACCCACCAUGGCAGCAAUUGUUCUCAUGCUUAACAGCUAUUCUGUUACUCUCCAAGCACCUCAAGCUCCUGCCACUUUCUUCAUUCCCCGAAGUGAGUCGAAUUUUCCAACAAAUGAAGAGGAGUCGGACCAAUCCGCUAGCAAGUCAAGUCGAUUUUCCGUCAAUGAAGCUUCCAUUUCUGACUUAUAUCCUCGGUAGUUUAGGGUUGAGAAUAAGAACCAAUAAGGACAUGUAUCGUAUACAACUAUAGAAGUCGUGAGCUCUCUUUUCCUAAAUUAUAGUUAUAAGUUAAUGUAUUAUAUUGGUUUGCCAAUAAAUGAAGAUAACUUCAGCUACGAAGUUGUUAAGAUCA